AUGCACGACUACUUAACAGGGGGAUUCACCGCUAAUACUAGCUUGGCUCAUUAUUGCCGAGAUAAUGGUUUACUUCUUCACAUCCAUACUCCCAAGAAAAUCUCGAAUGACCUUCAACAAAAGGAUACCUGUACCCGAAACCGACACAAUUGGGUAGGUAGAGAAUACCAUAUAAGAAAAUCAAAAUUGAUAUAUAUAUAUAUAGCUCCUUCGGUGCACUCACUUUUUUGGGUACAUUCAGUGCACCCACCUCUAAAAGUGGUCAUAAUACAUUAA